AAUGAUUUUCUUAAAGCCAGCACAGGACUGGUGUUUGCUGAUCAGAUGAUGACCUGGAGAGCCGCUCAGAGUUACUGCAGACAGAAUCAAAUUGAUCUGGUCACUGUGAAGAACCAGAAUGAGAAUCAACAGCUGGAGAAGUUCAUUAAUGACAGAAACUCAUCUGGGUCUGAGGUCUGGAUCGGUCUGUUCAGUGAUCCAUGGCAGUGGUCAGAUCAGAGCGAUUCCUCAUUUAGAUACUGGGCAGAUAAUUUCAAAGAUUAUGGAACCUGUGCAGCGAUUCAACCAUCUAAACAGGGAAAAUGGGGUGACUACUUUAGUGUUUACAACCAGCUUCCUUUUGUGUGUCAUGAAGAUAAACUGAUUGUGAUCCAGCAGAAUCUGUCGUGGUCUGAAGCUCUGAGAUACUGCAGACAGAAUCAUGUGGAUCUGGUCUCGGUUCAGUCAGUGGAGAUGCAGUAUAAGGUGAUGAACGUGGUUAAACUGGCGUCUACUGAGGCGGUGUGGUUGGGUUUACGUCACUCCUGUGCUUUGGGCAUCUGGUUCUGGGUGAGUGGACAGACCGUGUGCUAUCAGAACUGGGCUCCAGGGAACGGCACAUCAGAGGAGGACUGUGAGCCCACAGUGAGAUCUGGAGCAGUUCAGUCUGGAGGAAAUCAGACCUGGAUCAGCCGUCCUGAAACUGACAGACUCAACUUCAUCUGCAGAAACUCCUCAGAGUGAAGAAGUAAGAUGAGGAAUGUGUUCAUUUAUCACUGAAGUAAUAAUUUUACAUAAACUAUUAAACUUUAGCAGGCAUUAAUGCAUUAUUAUCUACACUGUAAAAAAGCUAGAGAAAUGGUUAAAAUAUAGACACACCUAAAUGUUGGUCAUAUAAAUUACAUAAAAAAAAAAAAAAAAACUGUUUUUUGUCCACAUUUUACUCUAAAUGGGGCUGAAAUACUAUUUUUAGUGUAUUGUGGUUUAGGACACAUCAAACUGACUGUCAUGUGGUUUAAUUGAAUUAAGCUUUGAUAUCUCAUAUGUUAUGCAGAAUGAUUUAAAAUGUCAAUGUUUUGUCACUUGUGAGUGAAGCUUCUGUGAACCCGUGUCUGUAUAAUUAAUACCUGGCAUUUGAUCUUUUUCUUUUACAUGAGUUUUCCUAAUGUCUUGUGUUUUACCGUUCACUGUAUGAUGGUUAUGGGCAUGAUGGCUAAAUGUUUUUCACCUAUAGAGUUGUCUUUAUUAUUUCUAUCAUGUCUUUAUAUUAAAAUAACUGGUUGAAUGUGAAUCACUGAACAUUAUUUACCUCAGUGAAAUUAAAUAAAGGUUA